AUUGUCUACUCCGUUUUUAUUGGGCUUAGUAGCGAUACGGAUAAUUUCCGCGCUUUCGGCGGUGAAAGUUCAGAAAUUAAAGACGAGUGGCGGGAGCUAUUGCCACUCGGGGGCUGUUGUGAAGAAGCAACUUUGCUAGUUUAUUGUAGGCAUGGAUUAUAAAAGACGUAAUGGAGGCCCUUUCGGGGGUGGUGCAUCUCAGGCCAAACGAGGUAAAACAGCUGGUGAAUGGGAGGACAGUCCCUCACAGUUUGAAGAGGAAUUGUCCAUGUUUGAUGAAACAGAGAUGGAGGCAGAGGAGAUGGAGGGACAGGCGGGCCAUGAUGUUAUCCCUGUAGGUGACCUCUUCUCAACAAACCUUAACCCUCGCUGGCGGCGGCCUCAUGCCCCUUCACUGGACCCAUCAUCUGAUACUUUGGUGUUUCAGCAGAUUGACCUUGACUACUAUUUAGGUGCUGCAGUGCCUGGCAUGCCUGGCCAGUUACAGGGAAAAGUCCCCAUCAUUCGGAUGUUUGGGGUGACCGACAGCGGCAACAGCGUUUGUUGCCAUGUCCACGGUUUUGCGCCUUACUUCUAUGUUCCUGCACCAAGUGGAUUCACAUCUGACAACCUGGGUGACUUUAAAAGAGAGUUGAACUCUGCUGUCCUAAAGGACAUGCGCUCCAAUAAAGACAACAUCUCCGUCACGGUGUUGGCUGUGGACAUUACUCGCAAAGAGAGCAUGUAUGGUUACCAUGGGAAACGCAUUCUGGAUUUCUUGCGGAUAACCAUGGCGAUGCCUCGUCUCAUUGCCCCAGCAAAGAGACUGCUGGAGCAGGGCUUUAAGUUUGGACCUUUCCCUGCCCAAAAUUACCCGUCCUACGAGGCAAAUAUAGAUUUUGAAAUCAGGUUUAUGGUAGACAGUGAUGUGGUGGGAUGCUGCUGGAUUGAACUUCCCAAAGGCAAGUACAGAGUACGUGAGGAGAGGAGCACGGGGGACACAGAUUUUCAGUACCCAGGCAAGGUGUCCUUGUGUCAGUAUGAGGUGGAUGUGGGAUGGACAGAUUUGAUAAGCCACCCAGCAGAGGGAGAAUGGCAGAGGAUUGCACCACUCAGGGUCCUGAGCUUUGACAUUGAGUGUGCAGGAAGAAAAGGAAUCUUCCCAGAACCAGACAAAGAUCCUGUGAUUCAGAUAGCGUCUAUGGUCCAGCGUCAGGGUGAGACAGAGCCCUUCAUUCGCACCGUGUUCACCCUCCAGUCCUGCGCCAGCAUUGUGGGCUCUCAGAUAUUGUGCUUCACACAGGAGAAGCAGCUACUACAGAGCUGGGCAGAGUUUUUGAGGACGGUGGACCCGGACAUCAUCACUGGAUACAACAUUCAAAACUUUGACUUUCCUUACUUGCUCAACAGAGCAGCUGCUUUAAAGGUGAAUCUGUUUCCCUACUUGGGCCGAGUGCGAGGAAUCAAGUCUGUCUUGCGAGACCUAAACUUCCAGAGCAAGCAGAUGGGCCGCAGAGAGAACAAGACCAUUAACAUGGAAGGCCGGGUUCAGUUUGACCUGCUGCAGGUGCUCCUCCGGGAUUAUAAACUGCGUUCAUACACACUGAACGCUGUGAGUUUCCACUUCCUGCAAGAACAGAAGGAGGAUGUGCAGCACUCCAUCAUCACUGAUCUGCAGAAUGGCAACGAGCAGACUCGCAGACGUUUGGCUGUCUACUGCCUGAAAGACGCCUAUCUCCCGCUGCGCCUGCUGCAGAAGCUCAUGUGUGUGAUUAACUACAUGGAGAUGGCCAGAGUGACAGGCGUGCCUCUCACAUACCUGCUGUCAAGGGGACAGCAAAUCAAAGUCGUCUCUCAGCUGCUAAGACAGGCCAUGAAACAAGACCUGGUCAUGCCUGUUAUAAAGACAGAAGGAGGAGAAGACUACACUGGAGCAACUGUCAUUGAACCAGAGAAAGGGUAUUACAGCGUUCCCAUUGCCACCCUGGAUUUCUCCUCCCUGUAUCCGUCCAUCAUGAUGGCCCACAAUCUGUGCUAUACCACUUUGCUGCAGAAGGGCUCAGUGGCAAGCCUAGGCCUGUCACCAGAGGACUUCAUCAAGACUCCGACUGGUGAUCACUUUGUGAAGAGCUCGGUGAGGAAAGGACUUCUACCCGAGAUCCUGGAGAACCUGCUGUCUGCCAGAAAGAGGGCCAAAGCAGAGCUGAAGAAGGAAACUGACCCUUUUAAGAAGCAGGUUCUGGAUGGCCGUCAGCUGGCCCUCAAAAUCAGUGCAAACUCUGUCUAUGGCUUCACAGGGGCCCAGGUGGGCAAGCUGCCCUGCUUAGAGAUCUCCCAGAGCGUCACAGGUUUUGGAAGGCAAAUGAUUGAACAAACCAAACAGCUGGUGGAGUCCAAGUACACCAUUUCCAAUGGUUACCAAGGUGAUGCCAAGGUCAUUUAUGGGGACACAGACUCUGUAAUGGUCAAACUUGGAGUUGCAACAGUAAGGGACGCCAUGGAUAUUGGGAAGGAGGCAGCAGAGUGGGUGUCGUCCCAUUUCACACCGCCCAUCAAACUGGAAUUUGAGAAGGUGUACUACCCAUACCUGCUGAUCAACAAGAAGCGCUAUGCCGGCCUGUAUUUCUCUUCCAGUGCAGACACACAUGAUAAGAUGGACUGUAAAGGCAUUGAGACUGUCCGCAGAGACAACUGCCCUCUGGUGGCCAACCUCAUCAACACCUGUCUGCAGAAAAUCCUCAUAGACAGGGAUCCGCAGGGUGCAGUGGCUCAUGCCAAAGAAGUGAUCUCAGACCUGCUGUGCAACCGCAUCGACAUCAGCCAGCUGGUCAUCACCAAGGAGCUAACGCGCACCGCCCAGGAGUACGCUGGCAAACAGGCACACGUGGAACUGGCAGAGAGGAUGAGGAAAAGAGAUGCCGGUAGCGCCCCCAACCUGGGAGACCGAGUUCCAUACGUCAUCAUCAAGGCUGCGAAGGGAGUCGCAGCAUACAUGAAGUCAGAGGACCCGAUCUAUGUGCUGGAGAACAACAUUCCCAUUGACACACAGUACUACCUGGAACAGCAGCUGUCCAAGCCCCUGCUGAGAAUAUUUGAGCCCAUCCUGGGAGAGAGCAAGGCAGAGAGCGUCCUGCUCAAGGGUGACCACACACGCUGUAAGACUGUGCUGACCUCGAAGGUCGGGGGCCUCAUGGCAUUUGCUCAGAAGAGGAGCACCUGUAUCGGCUGCAAAGCUGUGCUCAAGACGGACACGGCUGUGUGUGAUUUCUGUAAGAAGAGGGAGUCUGAGCUGUAUCAAAAGGAGAUCUUUCACCUGAACACGCUGGAGGAACGCUUCUCUCGUCUGUGGACUCAGUGUCAGCGUUGUCAAGGCUCCCUCCAUGAGGAUGUGCUCUGUACCAGCCGGGAUUGUCCCAUCUUCUACAUGAGGAAGAAGGUUCAGAAAGAUUUGGAUGAUCAGAGCAAGCUGGUGUCUCGUUUUGGAUGGUGAGAAGGGGCCAUGUACACACGCAGAUUCCUCUUUUGCCUCAUUUCAGUUAACUUUGGACUCUUUUUGUUUUUUUUUCUACGUUUUUUGGUGCUUGUGAAAAUGCAUAUAAAUAUCGCACUAUUUCUAUAUUUUCUAAUAUGAGUAAAAUGACAUUACGUAGCACCUUUUUGUAAAAUAAAAUCAAAAAGCAAUCUAUUCUUUUUGGGCUUUCAGGUUUGAUCAUUACUUAUUUAACAGUCCUUGGAAAAAAAAAAAAAAAUAUAUAUAUAUAUAUAUAUUUGGGGUGAUUACAAACAGGAUACUGAACCACACUACUGUCUGACACCUGACAGUGAAUGUAGUGAUGUGGCCUGUAUGCGAAGAGGUUUACGGUGGGUGAACCUGUUCAGAGGUACAGUCCCUAAUCUUAAUUUGACAUCAAAGUAAAAGUGCGUAGUUUUACGGAAAUGAAAAGAGGAACCUAAUUGCCUUCCUCUUCAGCGCUAUUGUCUCACUGUAACCUCGUAAACCACAUCCCUUCCUCUUCACUGAUUUGGUACAUGAGAACAAAAACUCGGAUCAUCUUUUGCUG